AUGCUGGGAACCUUGUUUUCACCUUGGGAAGCAAGUGUCUCAGGCAUUUGCAGUUUCAACGCGUGGCCCAGUCCACAGAAUCACAACCGCAGCGAUGAUACCUUGCCGCGAUCCCCAGUGGACUGGGCGGCUUUGAGGCACCGCGUCGCCGGCUGCCCGGUCUUCAUCGAUGCCUUGGCAGCCAAGGACAGCAAAGACUCUGCGCGCCGCGCCUUCCAACGAACGAUUAGCAUGGACCGGGUAUGGCAGCAGGCAGAGGCAGCCUCCAACAUCGACAUCCGCUUCUCCAGCCAUCAGCACGACUGCUACUUAGGAACCCUGGCCUAUGUGUUCUGCCAACAUCUGAAUGGCAUGGCUGCAGCUAUUGAGGAUGGGGUCACGGGCAGCGAGGAGUGGAUGCAACACUACUUGAAGCUCAAUCUUGAGCUUGAGGCAAUCAUGUUCCACAUGGAGCUGCCCUGGUCUCUGCUCAUCCGCUCGCGCUUCCGCUUCGGGCCCCUGCUGACGCGCCUGUCGCGCUUUGUGAAGGAGGCUGGCAGAGGCGAACCCAGCCGAUGCGAUGAGAACGACUGGCCCGAGGACACAGAGCUUCUGAAACAUGCGGAUGAGUCGGGCCUGCUUCCGGUCAACACCGCGGAGACGCUCGGCCAAAGGGCUCUCCUUAAGAUGAACUCCGAUGCAUUAGAAGCAACCGCCGAAAGGUCCUAUCUUGCUGGCGAGGUCAGAUCGGGCCGCUAG